AGCAUUGCCCUACCCUGGGCCUCAAGUUUCAAUCAUCAACCUGCACAGUGUUUAAAUGACAUUUUGUGUUCUCUAACAAUGUCUGAAACAAGUGGAAACGAGAAAGUCGACAGUGAGCCUAUCUUGUCAGGCGAGACCUCUACCAAAGAUGAAUAUCCCACAGGGUUGACCCUAUGGCUCCUUGUUGGGUCGGUCAUGAUGGCAGUCUUUUUGAUCGCUCUAGACCAGACCAUCGUCGGCACUGCCAUUCCAAAAAUCACUGAUGAAUUCCAUGGGCUUUCAGAGGUCUCUUGGUAUGGAUCAGCAUACUUUAUGUGUCUUGGCGGUUUCCAAUCCUCCUGGGGCAAAGCAUACAAAUAUUUCCCCUUGAAGUCAACCUUCCUCCUGACCCUCUUCCUAUUCGAACUUGGAAGUCUCAUCUGUGGUGUCGCACCAAACUCCAAUGCUCUAAUCGUUGGCCGAGCCAUCUCCGGCGUCGGCGGCGCUGGAAUCGCGACCGGGGGAACUACUAUUAUUGCCUUUUGUGCUGAACCGAGAAAACGACCGACUCUCAUGGGACUAAUUGGAAUCACCUAUGCUGUCGCUGCCGUAGCGGGUCCACUUCUUGGUGGUGUUUUUUCGGACAAAGUAACCUGGCGCUGGUGUUUCUAUAUCAAUCUUCCAAUCGGAGGUGUGGUCGCGGUCAUCAUCUUGUUCUUUUUCCACCUUCCAAGUGCUGUCAAGAUUCAGAAAGCUACUUGGAAGGAGAAGUUCUUACAGAUCGAUCCAGUGGGCAUUGUCCUUGCAAUGGCCUGCAUUAUUUGCUUCAUCCUCGCGUUGCAGUACGCGGGAACUACGUACGCCUGGAGAAGCAGCGAGGUGAUAGGCCUCCUUGUUGGCUUUGUCGCAAUUGCCUUGACUAUGGUUGUCUGGGAAUCCUACCAGGGUGAAUACGCAAUGCUAGUGCCGAGACUACUGAAGCAGCGCGCUCUCUGGGCCGCGUCGCUCUACCAGUUCUUCUUCGCUGGCUCGUUUUUUUUGCUUCUUUACUAUCUCCCUCAAUACUUCCAGAGUGUCAAGGGAGCCGAUCCCAUUCAAUCCGGUGUGGAUAAUCUACCCAUGGUAAUUGCUAUCGGGAUUUUCGUUCUCGCUGGUGGCAUCGCUGUCACUAUCACUGGUCGUCCAACGCCAUUUAUGGCUCUAGGCGCGGCCGUUGCGACAGUCGCGAGCGGUCUCUUCUACUCAAUGAAUACCCAUACCUCUAUCGGAAAGUGGAUUGGAUACCAAAUUCUCGCAGGAGCAGCCAUCGCGUUUCCCUAUCAGAACUGCCUCAAUAUUGCUCACGCAAAGGUCGAUGCUGAAGACAUCUCCACCGUCACUGCAAUUCUUUAUUUCUUCCAAACACUUGGGGGUGCAUUUAGCAUCUCAGCUGCCCAAUCGGCAUUUGUCAACAGGCUCAUCGCUACUUUGCCCUUGACUGCCCCUGGAGUCGAUCCGCUGGCCGUUUACGCUACAGGUUCCACAGAGCUUCGAACUGUGUUCCCUGCGGAAGAAAUCCCGGGUAUCAUACUUGCGUAUAUGCAAGGUAUCAAGGCCGCGUUCGCUGUUUCCAUCGCAAUGUUUGGAACUGCUUUCGUACUGAGCUUGAUUCUUCCCUGGAAGAAGAUCCACAGCGACGGAAAGGAGAAUAUUGUUACCAUGGCUUAA